UGUAUGGAAUGAACAUUUACUACAAUGCGUGUUGAAUAUCGUAGACGAACACGCAGAUAUGAUAAAAACAUUUGAGAAAGAUUUCAAACAAGGAAUUAUGAAAGGUUUUGUCUUCAAGUUCUUUCAUGCCGUGUUUUUAGAACGAUAUGGAACUUUGAGCACGGGACAAAUAGGACUGGGACCAAGUGUACCAGCGAGGGGAACUCAAAAAUGGCAGCGACAUAUUGACAAAAGCGUUGGACUUUCAUGCCAUCAUACAUCGUCAAUUCAACAAACAACUGGGGAGGCGCUCUUUAUUGAUGAUAUCAUACCACGUAAAGACGAACUCUUCGUGUCGCUAGUGACGAGUACACGAGCACAUGCAAAAAUAAAAUACAUAGAUUACAAAGAAGCCCUCAAACUCACUGGAGUAAAGUAUUAUAUCGAUGCUGAUGACGUGCCUGCCAGGAAUGCUAUCGGCGCAAACAGUGCAGAAGAAGUUUUAUUUGCUCGCGAUAAGGUGACUCAUUGUGGACAGAUAAUUGGAGCCAUCAUUGCAGAAAAUAGAGAAAUUGCAAGACAUGCUGCUAAACGAGUUGUUGUGGAAUAUGAGGAUCUCAAACCUAUAUUAACAAUUGAGGAUGCUAUUGAAGCCGAAUCUUACUUUGAUAUGUUAAAACUUGUUGACGGCGAUGUCAGUAAAGGUUUUACAUCAUGUGAUCACAUCAUUGAAGGUGAAGUGAUGCUGGGCGGCCAGGAACAUUAUUACCUGGAAACACACAUAUCUCAAGUUAUCCCGGAUAAUGGUGAUCAGACAAUGGUGGUGCUAUCAUCAACACAAAACCCAUCUAGUGUACAAAGUUCUGUUGCCGACGUUCUCGGUUUCCACUGUAACAAAAUAAUAACUAAACUGACGAGAAUUGGCGGUGGAUUUGGUGGGAAAGAAACAAGAUCAGACAUGUUUGCUUGUAUAUGUGCUGUUGCAGCUCACAGGGCUAAACAACCAAUGCGAUUAGUUUUAGAACGCGAAGACGAUAUGAAGAUUAGCGGUGGUAGACACCCGUAUCUCGCCAGAUACAAAGUUGGUUGUACUAAGAAUGGAAAACUAUUAGCAUUAGAUGUUCAACUUUAUUCUAAUGGUGGACAUUCUCUUGACAUGACGCCGUAUGUAAUGCAAUAUGCGUUAUUGGCUAUUCCAAACUGCUAUAUUAUUCCCAAUGUACGACUACAAGGAUUUAUGUGUAAGACGAAUCUGCCAUCAAAUACAUCUAUGAGAGGAUUUGGAUGUCCACAGGCUGUUUUUAUUACGGAACACAUCGUGACUGAUAUUGCAAUUAAAUGUAACAUAUCACAGCAAAAGUUUCGAAAAACAAAUUUUAUUGGAAAAGACUUUGUUACACAUUAUGGUCAGAUAGUUGAGAACUGUAACGCAAGAAGAUGCUUUGACGAAUGUGUCGAGAAAAGCAGAUUUCAUGUGAAACAGGAUCAGAUACAAACAUUUAAUAGGGAAAACAGAUUUGUAAAGAAGGGAAUAUCUGUUACUCCAGUGAUAAUGGCAGUCGGGUUUCACUGUAAACUUUUGAAUCAGGCUGGAGCUUUGGUUCAAGUAUAUAGAGAUGGGUCAGUUCUGUUAACUCAUGGCGGAGUUGAAAUGGGUCAAGGGCUUUACAUAAAAAUGAUUCAAAUAGCAAGUACAGUUCUUGAUAUACCAAUGGACUACAUUCAUACUGCAGAUACCAGCACACAGACAGUUCCAAAUACAUCACCCACUGCAGCUAGUGUUGGAACUCAUAUCAAUGGAUGUGCUGUUAAGAGAGCUUGUGAAAAAAUAAUAGAAAGAUUAAGAAUACUGAAGGAAAAUGAUCCCGAAGGAGACUGGAAUAAAUGGAUUGAAGGCGCAUUUCUGCAGGGUUAUGGCUUGUACAUGUCGGAGGAACUUAUGUGGUCAGAGAAAGGAGAAUUAAUACACAGUGGUCUUGGAAUGUAUAAAUUACCGCAUGUAUGUAAUAUACCGAGGAAAUUUAAUAUAGAACUUUUGAGUGAUUCGGAAUCUUCAAAGCACGUCUAUUCUUCUAGGGGUGUAGGAGAACCGCCUUUAGUACUUGCUUGUUCUGUGUUUUUUGCUACAAAAGAAGCAAUUGCCGCUGCUAGAAGAGAUAUUGGACUGAGCGAGCAGUUCAGAAUGGAUAGCCCUGCAAUACCUAGACGUGUUCUGAUUGUAUGUGGCGAUCAACAUAAAUAG